AUGUGCUUGGACGGCGUGUGGCACAACUACUCAAACUACGCGAACUGCACAGAACGCAUGACCAACGUGUCGCCGACUGACGUCACCAGCCUCAUCUACCUCGCCGGCUACUCGCUCAGCCUCGCCGUGCUGUCACUCGCCGUCUUCGUCUUCCUUUAUUUCAAGGACCUGCGAUGUCUAAGGAACACGAUACAUACCAACCUCAUGUCGACGUAUAUUCUGUCUGCCUGCAGCUGGAUCUUAAACUUAGCUUUACAAAAUUGGUCCGAUGAGGCCCAACAAGAUCAAACCUCGUGUACGAUUCUGGUCAUAUGUAUGCACUACUUUUACCUCACUAAUUUCUUCUGGAUGCUUGUAGAAGGUUUGUACCUGUACAUGCUCGUGGUGGAGACGUUCACCGCAGAAAAUAUUAAACUGAAGGUGUACACUACCAUAGGAUGGGGUGCGCCGGCAGUGUUCCUAACAAUAUGGGUUAUAUGCAGGUGCUUCGUCAACAUCGUGCCUUCCAACCCUGCUGAUGGGCUUGCCCUGGCAGGUGAGGCUAAGAUGUGUAUUUGGAUGUCGGAGCACCAGGUGGAUUGGAUUCAUAAAGCUCCAGCACUCGCUGGGCUCGCCCUCAACCUCUUCUUUCUCAUUAGGAUUAUGUGGGUAUUAAUCACAAAACUGCGGUCUGCAAACACGUUGGAGACGGAGCAGUAUCGGAAAGCAACGAAGGCACUUCUAGUCCUGAUCCCACUGCUGGGCAUCACCAACCUACUGGUGCUGUGUGGGCCCAAUGACGACUCCUGGUUCGCACACGCCUUCGACUAUACGCGAGCACUCAUGCUUUCAACACAGGGUUUCUUGGUGGCUUUGUUCUACUGCUUCAUGAAUACAGAAGUACGGCACGCAAUCAGAUACCACGUCGAGAGGUGGAAGACUGGGAGGACCAUCGGGGGAGGAAGGAGGAGAGGAGCUUCCUACUCCAAGGACUGGUCUCCUCGGUCACGAACAGAAAGCAUACGGUUGUACAGCCACCCAUCUAAACGGGAGUCGGCAGCGUCGGAGACAACCACCACGACAUUGCUGGUACCACGAACAUCACUGUUGCCUCCUCUCGAUGGCAGGCACCUGCACACCGAUUACAUCACGAGCGGGAGCGCAAGCGGCGAUCAGUCUCCAGUGUGA